CCAUCUUCCCGCCUGGAGCGCGGCGAGGACGCCGCGGGGCUGCGCGGCCAGUGCCUUGCGCGGCCGGCUGGGCAGAGCUGGGUCCAGCUGUGUUUGCGGGGUGCACGGCGGCCUGAUACGGGUUCAGAUGGUGGUGUGCUCAGCGGUCCGCACAGCCUCCAGGAAGGAUGCUGUUGAAGGAUGAGGCCUUCACCUCUACUGCGCAUUUACGGAAAUAUGAACGGGAGGGCUGAUUUUCGAGAGCCGAAUGCAGAAGUUCCAAGACCAAUUCCCCACAUAGGGGCUGAUUAUAUUCCAACAGAGGAAGAAAGAAGAGUCUUUGCAGAAUGCAACGAGGAAAGCUUCUGGUUCCGAUCUGUGCCUUUGGCUGCCACAAGUAUGUUGAUUACUCAAGGAUUAAUUAGUAAAGGAAUCCUUUCAAGUCAUCCCAAAUAUGGUUCCAUCCCUAAACUUAUAUUUGCUUGUAUCAUGGGAUACUUUGCUGGAAAGCUUUCUUAUGUGAAAACAUGCCAAGAAAAGUUCAAGAAUCUUGAAAACUCCCCUCUUGGAGAAGCUUUGCGAUCAGGACAAGCACGGCGAUCCUCACCUGGGCACUAUGCUCAAAAGUCAAAAUAUGACUCAAAUAUGAGUGGUCAGUCCUCUUUUGUGACAGCUCCUGCAGCAGAUAACAUAGAAAAGGACGAGUUUCCUCGUUAUGAGCCAAUUCCAUUCAGUGCUUCUAUGAAUGAAUCCACUCCUACUGGUAUUACUGAUCAUAUUGCCCAAGGACCUGAUCCCAACUUUGAAGAAAGUCCUAAGAGAAAGAGUAUUACAUAUGAGGAAUUGAGGAGUAAGAACAGAGAGUCCUAUGAAGUAACUUUAACACAAAAGAGUGACCCCUCAGUAAGGCCCAUGCAGGAAAGAGUGCCCAAAAAAGAAGGUAUGAUAGUUGAGUCUGAAUUGUAAACUCUUUAGGAUUGGAAACUGAACGUUUAAGCAUUAGCUUAAAGCGCUCACUAUGUUAAUGUGUGCUUUCACUCUUCAAGCUGUACCAAAAUAAAUUUUUUAAAAAGAAUGGGCUGGAGAAAUGGGUCAGUGAUUACGAGUGUUUGCUGCUCUUGCAAAGGACACGAGUUCAGUUCCCAGCACCAUGUCAGGUGACAGUCACCUAUAUCUCCAGCUCUAGGGUGAUCCAACACCUCUGGCCUCUUCAGGCAGACACAUGCACAUAUCACCCCCCCACACACACACAAUUAAAAACUGAAUAGUUAUUUCAUAGUUAUCAUUUGCCCUAUUUUUAAGGAUGUUCAAAGGCCAUUUGUGUUAGAAAAUAAUGAAGUCUAAAUAGUAAGACACAGACAGGGAGGCUGGUUUUAUAAUGCAGUGUAGGAGUUUUAACUGUUUUUCCCUUAUGGAAGUCAUGUUAGGAAAUGCAGUCUUUUUCCUAACAGUUUAAAAUUUAAAUCUCUUUGGGACAGUGUGCUGCAUCUCUUGCACAUUUAGGUUUGCUGAGCAAACGUAGUAACUGGCCUUCAGUGACACUUUUGGCAAAAUUACGAAGUCAUGAUUGAGUAUUGAAGCUGCUUUUCUUGAAUGUCUGUGCAAUUAAGAGUUACAUGCCAGGAGCUGCAGAGAUGGCCCAGCGGUUAAGAGCACUGACUGCUCUUGCAGAGGACCCGGGUUCAAUUCACAGCACCCACAUGGCGGCUACAAACCAUCCUUAACGCCAGUUCCAGGGGAAUCCGAAGCCCUCUUCUGACCUCUGCGGCAUUGCACGACCCAGGUGUACUCACAUACAUGCAGGCAAUACACUCAUACACAUAAAAAUAUAUAUAAAGGAGUUACAUGCCUUACAGAUCAGCAUUUAGGGCAUUUCAAGAGGAGAAAUUUGACUUCUUCCUCUAGAAUAAAUAAUUUUUAAGUUAUAAUUUAAAUCUCUUUGGGACAGCCAUUUGUAACUUAACAACACUUACUGAGUUUUUGUCAUUAAAGCAUUUGACAUGGACUCCAUCAGCUAGUGGCCGUUACCCUGUGAUAUUGAUACUUUGUUCUGCUGGUUUACCAGGAUCCAGACUGUAAGCUCCAGGAGGGCAGGAAGUUGUGUUUUCAUUUCUGUAAUCUUUUCUAAAAAUUUCUAUACCAUAAUACUUAUGCUGCUGUGUUAUUUUUAUUGUACUUUUUUCAGUCUGAGGCUCUGAGCAGAGUGUUUUAAUUGUCCUUUUGUAGUAACAGAGGCUAGAGAAAGGAAAUCUGGCAUGCCUUCAGCAUUUGUUGUAUUUUGACAUGUAGCUUUAACUGAACAUUCCUGAAGUUAGUAUGA